GAUCGCGGGAUGUCCCGUAUCUUACAGCAGACUUCACCCGACCGCUGAUGUAGCCGUACACUCAGCUGCGCUCUCUCUCUCUCUCUCUCGCUCGCUCUCUCAUUCUGCACCGAGCACUCCAGUCCGUUUGGAAGUUGGCGGUGCGAGGAGUCUGACAUUUACGCGCGGGGAUAUCUACGCAAAAAAACAAAACAAAAACAAGUGCACUUGUUUUGCGGGGAUAGUUGCCAUAUCCACCGUAGCUUCCUACAUACAUCAGUUCUUUUGCGUCUUCUGCGUCGCGAGCCCGUCCUUCAGCAGUCAUGUCCGAGGUUCUGCCGUACGGAGAGGGGAAAAUGAGCGGAUACGGAGCGGACAACGAUGUCAGUCAGAUGUCCUUCAGCUGCGGGCUGCAGGACACCAACUCGUUCUUCGGAGCGUCGCAGGCGAAAAGACCUCCAAAACUUGGACAGAUCGGCAGAGCGAAGAGAGUGGUAAUCGAGGACGACCGAAUAGAUGAGGUGCUGAAAGGCAUGACCGACAAAUCAUCACCGGGCGUUUAAACCCGCACGAUGCCUUGCAGACAUUUCAAUUUUUUAUCACCGAUUCGAAGCACUUGUCGGUUGUGCAUGUGAAGAAGAUUGCAAAGAGAUGGAGAGACGGUGGCACGACGCUCGAACCACGAGGAGACUAAACUAAAAAGGGCAAACGCGAAUAAAAGAAGGGAGAGACGGAAUUUCCGUUGGGGUUUUUGCUGGCAGUUCUCCAAUAUAAACGACAAUGGAAGCUUAGAGGAAGAUGUCGGAGAUGUUGUUGAGGCUGCGCGCUGCGGCUCAUCUGUGAAUAAGGAUGGUGGACUUGCCAUUAUUAUUCCACGACCAUCAUCUUCCAAAAGCGCUGUAAGCAACACGAAGUUCAACCGAAGACUGAACCGCAUCUUACGCUCUGUUACUAUAGAUGUACAGUAUCUUAGCUCAAAGACCUUCCUCAUAACACACAAACACGCACACGCGCACACACAUAUAUGGAUCUGCCUUGAGCGUCGACUUCAAUCCGACUGCUGCUUUUAGAGACAUUUUAGACUUCACACGCAAAGACAUUGAGCUCCCAUAAUGAUAAAUGAACUAUGUACGGAUGGUGCAAUGUGAAUAUUUUCUUUCGCUAUUUUGCAUCAUAUUCUUUUUUCAGAAAUUGAGAAUAUUAUCAUACACAUGCCCACAGGUGUUGAAGCGUCGUCUGGUGAUCUAUAUGUUUUGCCCUUCACUGCAGCACGGAUUCACAUCAUCAGUACAAGCACAGAGGAACAUUGUGCAUUACCACCUCUUGUAAUUAACCCAACAUGAAGGCAUCUUGAUUUCUUCCAAGCUUAAUUUUAUACAUU